CAAGGAGAUGGCUGCCAUCAGGAUCUUGUCUUGGAUGGUGAUGAUAAUUCUUCCCAUUCAGGUGGAUGCAGACUUUUGGACUCAUCCAACACCUGCUUACCCCACGACUACUACACCCAUAUAUGAUGAGCUGCAGCUGAGGCUGAGCAGUGGACCCAACCGGUGUGCAGGCAACGUGGAGAUCUACUACUUUGGAGGCUGGGAGAAGGUGUGUGGCUACCUGUGGGACAUGCAGGAUGCCGAGGUGGUGUGCAGGCAGCUGGGCUGUGGCUACCCUCUCUCAGCCACAGACAUCUUCCCCUCGAGCAACUGGUACCCGUACAUGAUUACUGAGGUGAACUGUGUGGGCUACGAGCGCCACGUGUGGCAGUGUCCCUACAACUACCAGUACAGUGUGUGCCACCAUGGAGAUGCUUCUGUCGUAUGCUCAGACUCGGGAAUAGCAGUGUCUCCAUCAGCAGAACCAGCUGUCUCUAGAUCGAUGCUCCCCAGGUGGUUAUGGACUACAGCAGGGUACUUCUCCUGUGGUGGCUUACUCCAGGCAACGUCUGGCACCAUCCAGAGCCCGGGCUACCCCGGCUCCUACCCCGACAACUCGCGCUGCGUGUGGCGCAUCCGGCUGCGGGACCGGGCCCGCAGGAUCCAGCUGCAGUUCACGGACGUGGAGCUGGAAGGCAGCAGCUGCUCCUACGACGCCGUCGAGGUGUUCGAUGGAGGCUCGCCCCAGGCCUGGCGCCUGGGCCUGGUCUGCAGGGACGACCAUCGCGUCUUCAACUCCUCGGGGAACCAGCUCACCGUCCUGUUCCGCAGCGACGGCAGCGUCACCAGGAGAGGCUUCCACGCCUUCUACUCCUCAUUUCUUGACUUCAAUAGCACCCUGGCUCCCAUUACUUUAGACCAGACAACCCCAUCAGCCUCAGAAUAUUAUUCUUGUGGUGGCUCGUUUUCCUCUUCAUCUGGUACCAUACAGAGUCCAUUUUACCCCAGAAAUUAUCCAAACAAUGCCAACUGUGUGUGGGAAAUACAAGUGAAGAGCAACUUCCUUGUCACACUUGUAUUUAGAGAUAUUCAGAUGGAAGGUGGCAGAUGCCUCUCUGACUACGUGGAAAUCUAUGAUGGGCCCCUGCACAGCUCUCCCCUCCUUGGGAAGAUUUGCUCUGGUUAUUACCACUCGUACACAUCGUCCUCCAACCUGCUGACCGUCCGCUUUCACAGUAACUCCCGAAUCACGUACAGAGGGUUUCAGGCCAACUAUUAUUCCACUCCAGCUGAUGACAGCACCACACUGCUGUGCUUGCCAGAUUACAUGCACGUCGUUGUGAGCAGAUACUUCCUUCAGUCCCAUGGCUAUUCUGCUUGGAACCUCACCCUGAAUGACCCCUUUUGCACACCCAACAUUACAUCAAAUUAUGUGGUGUUUGACAUUCCAUACACCCGCUGUGGCACUGUCAGAGAGGGAAACAACGACACAAUCAGAUAUUCCAACAUUAUUAGAGGGUCCUCCUCUGGUGCAUUAAUCACAAGAAAUAGAAAUCUCCUCUUGCAUGUCAACUGCAAGAUGCUCCAGAACACAUGGGCAAAAACAAUGUAUAUCGCGGACGAUAAUUUUGAAGUCAACGAAACCCAGUAUGAGAGAUACGAUGUAAACCUCACGUUCUAUGACUCUUCAAGCUUCUCACGGCCAGUGUACGACUCACCCUACCAUGUCAGCAUCAACCAGAAUUUGUACCUGGAAGCUUCCCUGCACAGCUCUGAUCCAUCACUGGAGCUGUUUCUGGACACUUGUGUGGCAUCUCCCACUCGCCAGAAUUUUACAACAAGACCUUAUGCUAUAAUCAAGAAUGGAUGUGUUAAAGAUCCUACCUAUUCUUCAUAUUACUCACCCUACAGACACACCCUCCGGUUUAAAUUCAAUGCCUUCCAGUUUGUUAGAAGCAAUCCAGAGGUUUACCUGCAGUGUGAGCUGGUGGUGUGCAGGGCCUUUGACUAUUCUUCCAGGUGCCACCAAGGCUGUGUUCAAAGGUACAAGAGAGAGGCAAACUCUGACGAAGAAAGUGUGAUUGUUGUUGCUGGCCCAAUACAGCUCUGGGAACCUGGUUCUGAGAUUGGGAAUAAUUAUGGAUCUGAAUAAAACUGUCUCCUUUGAGAGAUAGCAUCUUUAAAUGCCAAUUGAAUUCUGGAAGAAAUUAUGUUGCUAGAUUGCCAGAAACUCUAGAAUAAAUUUUAGGAAUGUG